GGGGGGGGGAAAGAGGAAAAUCGAGCAGCGGGCCUCCCUCUGGUCUCGCGCUGCCUGGCGGGGUUCUUGUCAGUUAGCAACAAAAUGGCCGCGGUGGCAGCAGCUCUGCUCCUGAGGACGGUGGUGGCGGUGGCGGCAGUAGCAGCGAGGAGGAGCGGGGGCCCGGCACCGCCUGCCUGCUAGAGAGAGAGCGCGAGACGCUGCAGCCCCAGCCUCCCCGCCACAGAGAGACUUUGCCUGAGACGCUGCUGCUGCAGCCCCCUGGGGAGACGUUGCUGCCUCAGCCUCCCCCCGGGGCGCAAGACUCCUGGAUCCCCCCCCGCCCCCAGUGAGAAGCUCCGCUGCGGCAGCUUCCAGCCUGGUCCUGAGAGACGCUGCUGGAUCCCUCUGGAGGAGACGGAGAGACCCCGCUGGAUCUCCCCUCGUUCUCCUCUUGCUACUGGAUCCUCCGCGAGAGACGCUCUGCUGGAUUCCCCUCGCCCCAUUGGGUCCCCCCUGUGAGAGAUCCUUCUGCUUGGAUCCCCCAUAAGAGAGACUGCUGGAUCCUCCCCCUGUGAGUGACUGCUGGAGCCUCCCCCCCCCCGUCCUUCUCCCCGUGAGAGAGACUUCAUUGGAUCCUCCUCCUGCCUGGAUCCCCAUAUGAGAGACUCUGUUGGAUCCUCCUGUGGCUCCAUAUUUUGGAGGGGGAGCCCUCUUUUAACCCGUUUGUGGGAUCCACUUUUUCCUUUUAAUUUGCACUUUUUGAAGCCUCAGAUGCUCCUCCAUGUGGACUGAGAAUCCAUCAACACAAACAAGAAAUAAACUCUCCCUGAUCCACUCCAGAUCCUGAAUUCCUGGGUUUUUGCUGCAACUCGAAAGCAAAUGUGUAUUUGAAACAAAAUUCGGGUGCAAAAGUCUAGCUAGGGACGUCUUUCCCCUUUCUCCACUGGAAAUCAAAAGCUUGUUUUGGAAUUGAACCUGUUUCUCCUGCACUUGGGCUGGAUAACACUGAAGCUCUUUGCUCUUCUGCUUGGAUACUGUUUUCUUGUUGACUUGUUUUUCUUCUCUUCUGUGGCAGGUUGUGGGGGGAGUUGCUUUUUGUUUUUGUUUUUGUUUUAGUUCGGGGAGGGAACUGAAUCUUUUUUUUCUGGCCGUGUGAGAUUUUUUUUUCCUAUUCAGAUUCGUGAAAUUACGGGUAUUUUUUAAAAAAGCAUUAAAAUAAGCAAGAAGCACGUCAGAGAGACCACACGCUAGACGAAAUACUCACUUGUUUCAUUAUAGAAAGACUGAGUCGAAAGCUGCCAAAGAGCCCCUGAAGGAAAAGAAAAGGGAGAAAGAACAAGAAAUUCAAGAAGAGGAACAUUUGAUGGAAGAAAAGAAAAAGAAAAAGCAGGAAGAAAAGAAAAAGAAGGAAGGUGCUCAGAAAAAGGCUGCUGAACAAAAAACCAAAGUGCCAGAACCUAUUAAGACCAGUUUAAGCCAGCCCCAGCCUGCCGGUACCGGUACCAGUACUUCCACCAGCACUAUUACCAACAGCAGCAAUGGCAAGCGUGCAUCUGCUAAUGGACAGCAGCCAGCUGCAUCCCGUUACCUGCCUCGUGAGGUGCCUCCACGCUUCCGCCAGCAAGAACAGAAGCAGCUCUUAAAGAGAGGUCAGCCACUGCCUACCGGGACUCUGACUGGCGCAAGCCCACCACAAGGUACAGGACAAGCAGGGGCAAGUCCUCCUCCACAGCUAGGAGCAGGUGGACAGCAUCAUCCCAGUAAGACCCAAACCCAAACAGAUCUUAGUCACAGUAGUUUGGGAGACCAUUAUGAAAAUUCCCACUGGGGACAGCAGCCCACUUUCAGAAGUGAAGUCAACUGCAGCUGGGAUAAAGUGAUAAUAGACAGGACUGACAAGGAAGCGUGGCCUUCCAUUACAGGAACUGAGACUGAAUCUGCUUCAGAAUGUACUACAGAAACUGACUCUGCCUCCAACUGUGGCUCAGAGAACAGUAGCAUGGCUACAGGGAGUGCCCAAGGCAACUUCACUGGACAUACAAAGAAAACUAAUGGCAAUAAUGGCACCAAUGGAGCACUCAUCCAAAGCACUUCUAACCAGAGUGCCCUUGGAGCUGGUGGAGCAAAUGGUAAUGGAAACUCAGCCAGAGUGUGGGGUGUGGCCACAGGCUCCAACUCUGGCUUAGCUCACUGCUCUGCCAGUGGUGGGGAUGGAAAGAUGGACAACAUGAUUGCAGAUGGUAGAAGUCAAAACUGCUGGGGUGCUUCCAACUCAAAUGCUGGCAUUAAUCUUAACCUUAACCCUAAUGCCAAUCCAGCUGCCUGGCCUGUACUCGGACAUGAAGGAACUGUGGGAGCAGGCAACCCUUCCAGUAUUUGUAGUCCAGUCAGUGCCAUAGGUCAGAAUAUGGGCAACCAGAAUGGUAACCCAACAGGCACCUUAGGUGCUUGGGGAAACUUGCUGCCGCAAGAGAGCACAGAACCACAAACGUCCACUUCUCAGAAUGUGUCUUUCAGCGUACAACCUCAGAACCUUAACACUGAUGGACCAAAUAACACUAACCCCAUGAACUCUUCACCAAACCCUAUCAAUGCAAUGCAGACUAAUGGACUGCCAAACUGGGGGAUGGCUGUUGGUAUGGGGGCCAUCAUCUCGCCCCACCUGCAAGGCCUUCCUGGUGCUAAUGGAACAUCAGUUUCUCAAGUCAGUGGGGGCAAUGGUGAAGGAAUGGGUAGUUCAGUAUGGGGAAUAUCCCCAGGUAAUCCUGCCACAGGAAACAGCAAUUCUGGGUUCAGUCAGGGGAAUGGAGACACUGUGAACUCAGCAUUAAGUGCUAAACAGAAUGGAUCCAGCAGUGCUGUGCAAAAGGAAGGAAAUGGAGCAAGUGCAUGGGAUUCAGGACCUCCUGCUGGUCCUGGGGUACUAGCAUGGGGCAGGGGCAGUGGCAACAGUAGCGUUGGUAGCAUGCAUUCUGGAGCUUGGGGCCACCCCAACCGUAACACCAGUAAUGGUGUUAAUGGUGAAUGGGGCAAGCCCCCAAAUCAGCAUUCCAAUAGUGACAUCAGUGGUAAAGGAUCAGCAGGGUGGGAUAGCCCUAGUGUUACCAGCCAGAAUCCUGCCAUGCAGCAGGGCAAUGAACAAAUAAACUCUUGGGCCAAAGCUGCAGCAUCUGUCACCACAGCUAGUGAAGAAAGUAAUGACAGUGGUGGAGGUCAAAAUGAGGGCAACACUGGGAGAGAAGGAGCAGGAGAGGCCAGAAGGAGAGACAAAGGGGUGAUAGACCAAGGGCAAGUCCAGUUGCCAAGGAAUGACCUUGACCCAAGAGUCCUGUCCAAUACCGGUUGGGGACAGACUCCUGUAAAGCAAAACACUGCCUGGGAAUUUGAAGAAUCCCCAAGGUCUGAACGAAAGAAUGACAAUGGAACGGAGGCCUGGGGUUGUACAGCUUCUCAGUCUUCAAACUCAGGGGGGAAGAAUGAUGGGUCCAUCAUGAACAGUACAAAUACCUCUUCAGUAUCUGGGUGGGUCAACUCUCCACCCUCAUCUGUUCCAACAAAUACAGGUUGGGGAGACAACAACAACAAAGCGCCAAACGGCCCAGGGGGAUGGGGAGAAUCAGCUAGCUCUACUGCUGUCAAUGCUGCUGCUGCUGCUACUGCUGCCAAAAGUGGCCACGCUUGGAGUGGGACCGCAAAUCAGGAGGACAAAUCACCUACAUGGGGUGAACCUCAGAAACCCAAAUCUCAAAAUUGGGGAGAUGGACAGAAAUCAAAUCCAGGCUGGACUUCAGGAGGUGGAGAUUGGACUGAGUCAUCAUCUGUACCUGGACACUUGGCUGAGGGGAAGAAGAAUGGAUCUGGAUGGGAUGCUGACAAUAGAUCAGGGUCAGGUUGGAAUGAUACUACAAGGUCUGGGACCAGUGGAUGGGGAAAUGGCACAAACACCAAGGCUAAUACAGGUACAAGUUGGGGAGAAUCUCUAAAACCUAGCCCUCAACAGAAUUGGGCUAGUAAACCCCAGGACAACAGUGUGAGCAACUGGGGAGGAGCAGCUUCUGUUAAACAGACUGGGUCAGGAUGGGUUGGUGGGCCAGUGCCACCCAAACAAAAAGAUAGCAGUGAGGCAACUGGCUGGGAAGAGCCUUCUCCACCAUCCAUUCGCCGUAAGAUGGAAAUUGAUGAUGGUACCUCAGCUUGGGGCGAUCCAAACUACAACAACAACAAGACUGUAAACAUGUGGGAUAGAAACAACCCUGUAAUUCAGAGCAGUACCACAACCAACACCACCACUACUACCACCAUUAUCAACACAAAUAUGGUUGAACCUCAGCCAUCGCACCAGUCAAGUGCCCAGCCGAACCGGUCCCCGCUGCUUGGUCCAGCAGGCUGGGGAGAAAUGCCUACUGUCCACGCAAAGACUGAAUCUUCUUGGGGAGAGCCUUCAUCCCCUUCUGCUGCAGUUGAUAAUGGCACUUCAGCAUGGGGGAAACCCCCCAGCAGUGGUACAGGGUGGGGAGAUAAUUCUGCCGAGUCAGCAGGGACCUACGGAAGAGCGAAUGCUCCAGCUGCUGCCCCAGCACUGUGCAAGCCAGCUUCUAAAUCUAUGCAAGAAGGCUGGGGCAGUGGUGGGGAUGAAGUGAACCUCAGUACUAGUCAGUGGGAAGAUGAAGAAGGAGAUAUGUGGAAUAAUACUGCUUCACAAGAGAGUAACUCCUCCUGUAAUUCAUGGGGGAAUGCCCCAAAGAAAGGACUUCAAAAGGGCAUGAAGACAUCUAGUAAGCAAGAUGAGGCCUGGAUCAUGAACCGUCUGAUAAAACAGCUCACAGACAUGGGCUUCCCAAGAGAGCCAGCAGAAGAGGCCUUGAAGAGCAACAAUAUGAAUCUCGAUCAGGCCAUGAGUGCUCUGCUGGAAAAGAAGGUGGAAAUGGACAAGCGUGGAAUGGGAGUGACCGACUAUAAUGGAAUGGUCACCAAACCCCUUGGCUGCCGCCCACCAUCAAUCUCCAAAGAGUCUUCCAUGGACCGCCCCACCUUCCUCGACAAGGAUGGCGGCCUAGUGGAAGAGCCCACUACUUCACCAUUUUUGCCUUCACCAAGCCUGAAGCUCCCCCUUUCAAACAGUGCACUCCCUAAUCAGACCCUGGGCGGGAUUGCCUCAGGGCUGGGCAUGCAAAACUUGAAUUCUUCUAGACAGAUACCGAGUGGCAAUCUGGGUAUGUUUGGCAAUAGCGGAGCAGCACAAGCCAGGACCAUGCAACAGCCGCAGCAACCGCCAGUGCAACCUCUUAACUCAUCCCAGCCUAGUCUUCGUGCUCAAGUGCCUCAGUUUCUAUCCCCUCAGGUUCAAGCACAGCUUUUGCAGUUUGCAGCAAAAAACAUUGGUCUCAACCCUGCACUAUUAACCUCGCCAAUUAAUCCUCAGCAUAUGACGAUGUUGAACCAGCUCUAUCAGCUGCAGCUGGCGUACCAACGUUUACAAAUCCAGCAGCAGAUGUUACAGGCUCAGCGUAAUGUUUCCGGACCUAUGAGACAACAGGAGCAGCAAGUUGCACGUACAAUCAAUAACAUGCAGCAGCAGAUCCAGCAGCACCAGCGCCAGCUGGCCCAGGCCCUGCUUAUGAAGCAGCAGCCUCCCCCUCCACAUCUAUCUUUGCACCCCUCUGCAGGCAAAUCAGCCAUGGAUAGCUUUUCACCCCAUCCCCAGGCUCCCGGCCUACCUGACCUGCAGACCAAAGAGCAACAGUCUUCACCGAACACCUUUGCUCCUUACCCUCUUGCUGGACUGAAUCCGAACAUGAAUGUAAACAGCAUGGACAUUACUGGUGGUUUGUCAGUGAAGGAUACUUCUCAGUCUCAGUCUCGCCUUCCUCAGUGGACACACCCCAACUCAAUGGAUAAUCUAUCUAGUGCUGCUUCUUCACUUGACCAGAAUUCUAGCAAGCACGGUGCUAUUCCUGGAGGUCUAAGUAUUGGUCCUCCAGGAAAGUCCUCCAUUGAUGACUCUUAUGGACGGUACGAUCUGAUCCAAAACAGCGAUUCACCAGCCAGUCCACCUGUAGCUGUUCCUCACAGCUGGUCACGUGCCAAAACUGAUAGUGAUAAAAUCUCCAAUGGUUCCAGUAUUAACUGGCCACCAGAAUUUCAUCCUGGAGUGCCGUGGAAAGGACUGCAGAAUAUUGACCCUGAGAAUGACCCAGAUGUCACUCCUGGAAGUGUUCCGACUGGGCCUACCAUUAAUACCACCAUACAAGAUGUUAAUCGCUAUCUUCUCAAGAGUGGAGAUUCUGAAUACAUAGAAGGAACUGAGGGACAGUUAUGGCUGAGGAUCCCUUCCAUGCCUUCAGGUCUUGAAGGUUCAAUUCUGCAUGGAAGCAUUGUGCAACCCCAGCUGCUUUCGAGAGGGUUCCGACUCAAUGGCAAGAGAGCAUGGUCAUCCCCAACAUCAUCUCAGAAUGCCACGCUGCCUUCAUCGAGUGCCUGGCCGCUUAGUGCCUCCGGCUACAGUAGCUCUUUCAGCAGCAUUGCAUCCGCACCUAGCAUUGCAGGUAAAUUGUCAGACAUCAAGUCUACGUGGUCCUCUGGCCCAAUCUCUCACACACAAGCCUCUCUAUCCCAUGAACUAUGGAAGGUACCCAGAAACACUACUGCUCCUACGAGACCACCUCCAGGUUUAACAAACACCAAGCCAUCAUCUACCUGGGGUGCCAGCCCACUGGGUUGGACCAGCUCUUAUUCCUCUGGUUCUGCCUGGAGUACUGACAGCUCAGGAAGAACAAGCAGCUGGCUGGUUCUGCGUAACCUCACACCCCAGAUUGAUGGUUCUACACUGCGGACACUGUGUUUGCAACAUGGCCCUCUAAUUACAUUCCACCUGAACCUGACUCAAGGGAAUGCUGUGGUCCGCUACAGUUCCAAGGAAGAAGCAGCCAAGGCCCAGAAGUCUCUGCAUAUGUGUGUUUUGGGAAACACUACCAUCUUGGCUGAGUUUGCUGGUGAAGAAGAAGUAAACCGUUUCUUAGCACAAGGCCAGCCACUGCCACCCACCUCCAGUUGGCAGUCCAACACUGGAACCAAUCAGACUCGCAUGGGCUCCACGAGCAGCUCUCAUGGAUUGGUGCGGAAUGAUGCAGGCCACUGGAAUACUCCCUGCCUGGCUGGCAAAGGGAGCAGCGAUUUGCUCUGGGGUGGGGUCCCUCAGUACUCAAGCAGCCUUUGGGGGCCCCCCAGCACCGAUGAUGGCAGGGUUAUUGGCAGCCCAACACCUUUGAAUACUCUGCUCCCAGGUGAUCUUCUCAGUGGGGAGUCCAUCUAGGAAAGAGAGAAACAAAGUGGAAAUAACAAUCAUCAGCACUAAAGGAAAAAAUUGUAACCCUUUCCAGUCCAGGGCUUCACGAAGAAUCCAGCUUUAACAGAUCAGACUGGCAGCCCUUUUUAGUACCUCUGUCCAAUAUCGAAUAUGAAACUCUGCAGAAGUCCUUGUGAACUGUUAAUGAAACAGUAUGGGCUACAUUUGGUCAGUGUCACAUGCUAAUGACAGGUUUUAUUUUUUUCAUGGCUUUUUAUUUUAUGUCGUCUUUUUAUGUUUGUAUGGUGUUUUUAAAAACAAAGUAUAAAAGCUGCUUAGAAUAGGUCUAUCAUGAAGGGCACUUUUCAGAAUUUGGGCUGGAAAGGGUUAUUUUAUCAACUUUGGGGGGAGGGAGAAAAUGAAAGCCUAUUUUAAAUGAGCCUGUGACUAUUAUGCACAUUACCAGAGGCGGACCCAAUAAUCAGAAGAGUGGAGUGUGAUAUUCAUCUUUGGUACAGAAAAGUAAUGAAUCCGAAUGGUAACUAUUGACUGUACAGGUUGAAUUUGGAGGGUGGGGGUGGGGUAUCUGUGUCCACUGCUCCCAUGGAUCUGCCUAUGCACAUUACCCUUGUUUCAUUACUUUUUCAUGUCAUUUUUUAAAAUCCCCCAAAAAUAUAAAAAGUUAAAAAAAAAAAAACAUAUCAAACAUGCAAAUACUUGAAUCCAGCAGGCCAAUAACAAAAUGUGAACACUUUCUAAUUAUUACACUUCCAGGUUGGCAUCAAUACACACAAAACAGGCUCUAGGAAUUUUUUUUAAAGUUCAUACUAUGUGUUUGUGUUGGAACAGAUGUAUGUGUGUGAGUGAGCUUGUAUGUGUGUGCGUGUGUGCGCGCCCGUGUGUGAUUUAACAAAAGUGUGAUUUUUUUUUUCUCUUAUUCAGUAUAUAUGCUUUUUAUUUGCUCAUUGGUCAAACGUUUAAUUGUUAUUAGCUUCUAACUUUGCACUGAGUGUCCGCAGCCCUUCUUGUAGCUAAUCCUAUAUGUUAAAAAAAAAAAAAAAAAAAAAAAAAAUUGAUAGGAGGGGCCGGCGACAAUUCAUGUGUAAAUGUUUACUCAAGGACUCUUAUUGCGUUUUAAAAAUUACAGUGUGUAUCUCUGGAGAAUAAUAUGUAUAUCUACCUUUAGCGGCUUUUUAUUGUGGACUAAUGCAAGAAAAUUAUUACCGGAGUAUUGCACCAUUUUCCAUUCGGAAUAUAAAGUUUAAAAAAAAUACUCUUGUUGAACUGUGGCCAUAGAUAUUUGUAAAGAGUGGAUAGUUCCCCUGCAAGCAGGAACACAAACAAGCACUUGGACAUAGUUUUGACUGCUUUUGGAGGAGUCAGGAGUUUUGGCUCCCACCUGUUUACAGACCUUUUUUUUCUCCUUCAAACUUUAAAAUAAAAAAGGAAUUAAAAAAAAAAAGAAAGAAAGAAAAAAAAAAAAAAAAGACUUCCAUCGUAAAGAAACCUAUUUUCAGAAUGAAGAUAUGCUACUUCAGAGCUCUGGGAUUGAACAGUGUUGUUGUAUUAUCCUUUUCUUUGGCCAUUGCUGUGUACUAUUUUUUGUUGUUUUCCUCUUCUUCGUCAAAGUGGCGAAAACUUUGUGAUCACUAUCUUGCACAUGGUGGAAGAUGUCUCAGGAAAGCCGGGUUUCCCGAGGAGCAACUCCACACCAUUUCAUGUAUUUUUAAACCCAACUCCUAGCACUGAAGAUAUUAUUAAAAAAACAAAAUAAAAAAAAAUAAAAAGACAGAAGAAAAUACCUAAUCUAAUGUGUAGCAGUUACAUAUUUACCAAAUAAUGGACUCAAAAGAAAUAGAUGUUUGAAGAGUGCUUUAUAUAUUAAAAAAAUUGCUUUAUGUUUUAAAAAA